CAAAAAAGAGAAAUUUUAAAAAGAAUAUUUAGGAAACGAAAUGGAGUCAAAGUUCCAUGCUUUUAUGUUCCCAUGGUUUGCUUUUGGUCAUAUGAUUCCCUUUCUACACCUUGCAAACAAGCUAGCUGAGAAAGGUCACCGGGUAACAUUCUUGGUACCCAAGAAAGCUCAAAAACAGUUGGAACCUCAUAACUUGUUUCCAGAGAGUAUUGUCUUUCACCCUCUCACUGUUCCUCAUGUCAAUGGCCUUCCUGUCGGUGCUGAGACAACCUCGGAUGUCCCAAUCUCGAUGGACAACUUCUUGUCCGAAGCGUUCGAUCUCACUCAUGAUCAGGUUGAAGCUGCGGUUCGUGCUUUGAAACCAGACCUAAUCUUCUUCGAUUUUGCUCACUGGAUUGCAAAAUUGGCUAAAGAGCAUAUGUUCAAGAGUGUAAGUUACAUGAUAGUAUCUGCUACAGCUGUAUCUCAGUUACAUCCCCCUGGUAGUUCAUUAGGUGUUCUCCCUCCGGGUUAUCCUUCAUCAAAGGUGGUGUUCCGUGAAAACGAUGCUCACGCCGUACUAACCGACUCGAUCUACUACGAGAGACUUUAUCAUCAGCUCACUACAAGUCUUAAGAGUUGUGAUGCCAUUGCACUUAAGACAUGCAAAGAAAUGGAAGGUAAGUUCUGCGACUAUAUAUCGCGUCAAUACAAUAAGAAGGUUCUCUUGACAGGUCCAAUGCUGCCUGAGCCAGACACAAGUAAACCACUAGAAGAACGUUGGAGCCAUUUUUUGAGCAAGUUCCCACCGGGCUCAGUAGUGUUUUGCGCACUUGGCAGCCAAAUCGUUCUUGAGAAGGAUCAAUUCCAAGAACUCUGCUUGGGGAUGGAGAUGACUGGUUUACCGUUUCUUUUAGCAGUAAAGUCACCGAGAGGUUUAUCGACGGUCCAAGAAGCUUUACCAGAAGGGUUCGAGGAGCGGGUGAAGGAUCGUGGUGUGGUUUGGGGAGAAUGGGUGCAGCAGCCUUUGAUAUUGUCUCAUCCAUCAGUAGGCUGCUUCGUGAACCAUUGCGGUCCCGGAACAUUGUGGGAGGGUUUGAUGAGUGAUUGCCAAAUAGUUUUGCUUCCAUUUCUAAGUGAUCAAGUACUCUUCACAAGAUUGAUGACCGAGGAGUUCCAAGUCUCUGUAGAAGUGUCGAGGGAAAAAACAGGAUGGUUUUCAAAGGAGAGCUUAAGAGAUGCGAUCAAGUCUGUGAUGGAUAAAGACAACGACCUUGGGAAGCUAGUGAGGAGUAACCAUACGAAAUUGAAGGAGGUUCUUGGUAGUCCUGGACUAUUUGAUGGUUACGUGGAUAACUUUGUUGAGGUAUUGGCUGAUCUGAUCAAUGUUAAGACAUGAUUAAAUCUAAAAUUAUGUCUACAUACAAAACGUCAAUAAACAUGAAGGGUCCAGCAGCAUUUGUUGCACUUAUCAAUAACUUAUUUCUCACUGCCCAACUGUCGUCAUAAGUAUUACGAGAUAGUAGAUGUAUUUAGUUUUGUAUUUUGAGUAAUUUGAGAUUAAUUAAAUUUUUAUACGAUUUUUAUA